AUGGCGACAUUUGGGUUCAGCGUCGGGGACUUCUUGGCUGGCGCCGAGCUGGCUGUUAAAUUGAGCAAAGCUCUUUCGGACUCAUCAGGCGCUGGGCGAGAGUAUCGCGAGCUUAUGGCAGAACUGAACGUAAUUCAUAAGGUCCUGCUGCAAGUCGAUCAACUAAGCACGUCGAACAAGCUGGGAAUACCGACAAUGAACGCAAUCGCCUUCGCCACUAAAUCCGUCAAUCAAAAGAUGACAUCCUUCUUGGAGGAGAGCGAGCGUUAUUAUCAAAGUCUGAAGCUUGGGGGCUCUGGGAAUGCUGUCAAGGAUACUCUCAACAAAGGAAGAGUGAUAUUGACUUCACAUGCGCAACUCUUAGGUGCAGAAGCUAAGAAUGUCACUGGCGUCUUCGCUCUCUAUUAUCAAUACCAUGGUUUCGAUGGCUUGUAA